UAUGGGUUAGUUCCACAACUAUUUGUUUAAAUGCUGCAAACAUAGUUAAUAUGUCUCCACAGUUGAAAAGGUCGUUUUAUGCUGUAUUUCCUUAACAAUUACGGUUUAUGGCUUUCAAAAAGUUCAUCCUUGUCACCCCUUGGUGAAUUGGUGUUUGGUAAAAUUUUGACACAUUCAGAAAGCUCAGUUGUCUUCUACCAGUUCGUGUCACUUGUGUAAGCGAGAUACCUAUCUUCAAACUAAAGGACAGACGUGUUGCGCACCAGUCUAUUAAUUAUUACUGUCUGUGAAAUGUGACGUUUGGCUACUAGUACUCGGUCAUUGAUGCCUUCAAUUCGUUGGUUGUAUAUGUUGGGACCGUCGAGUUGACAAUGCUGAGGGUGUAGUGGGAUGAACGGCGAUAUUUCUCGCAUCCCCAUUCAGUCUCUGAGUGCUGUAGUUAGUCUAACAGAUAUAAUUCCUGAACUCCCGUUACCUGCUCCAUUAAAUGCUGGAUCCAGUGUGGAAACUUUGUUGCAUGACUCUAAAAUAUCAAUAGAUGCCUUUCAAUGUCUUCGUUUUGGUCAUGACGGACUUGUGGGUUGCCUCAGUGAAGCCCUUGGGAGCGUAUGUACUAAUAAUAUCGAUUUCAAGGAGGGGUUUGCUAGUGACGUAAUUGACCCCCAUUUACUACCUGAACCACUUGUCAGCUCUCUGAAGAAGCUACCUGAUUUUGACAAAAAACGAGGAUUUUAUGGUCUUUCUUAUCCAGUUAAUAGUGUUUCUAGUGCAUAUAGAGUGGAACCUGGUUCAUGGUGCCAAUCUCUGGAUCAACCACAAUCUACCGAACUUCAUCAUUAUCCCAAUUCAUUUGAAGAACCAACUGAAUCCCCCAAUAAAAAGAAGAAAAAGCGGAAAAAGAAAAAGCACAAGUAUUGUGAUGACGGUGAUACAAGUGGAACAGGGGGCGAGUCAAACGCUACCACUCCAGCAGCAUGUGAUGGUAUAACUCCAAAUAAAUUUGAGGAUAAUUCAUUAUCUCCUACUUCAACAUAUGGUAUUGUAAAAGUCAAUGCGGAUACAAAAAAACUAUCUUUAAAAAUUUUCAAACGACCUGCAAACGAUGGCUCCCAGCCUGUCUUUAUGGUUGAGCAACUGGGUGGUGUUGAGCCAGUUAAAAAAGAGAAAAAGAAGAAACGAAGUAAAGAAAAGGAUCGUGAACAUCGAUUUCAUCACGAGGUUCGAUCAAAGUCAGAUAUUCACUCUUCUCCGCUGGGAGUGCACGUCCAGCAACAUGAGUUAUCUAUUGAUUUACCAACACAAGCACAUAAUGCCCCUACUUCAAACAGCCCUUUAAGUACUGUAACACCUAAUGAAAACUGUAAGAGCUCCGAAUUUAUCCCUUCAACUUUUAAUGAGAGUUGUCAGCUGUCUAUAAAAAAUCCUUCUCAACUUGACCUAUCACUCAUAACAAGCGAAGGUUUGUUUGAAAAUUUGAGUUCAAUGGAUAAUUUGUAUCAACAGCCCCAGUCAGUAUCUACAUCCAGUCUUCCCAGCACUCCAGCUUCAAUAUCUGGUAACGGAAAGGUAAUGACCUCAAUUAAUUGUGCUCCUUCUACGUGUACGUAUAGUUUCGAUACCGCACAAGCAAAUGUAUUCACAACUAAAUCAAACAUGUUCUAUGAGUUGUUGCGUAGUAAUGAUCCUAAUAUAACCUUGAAACAUGUUGCAGACAGUUUACCCAAUGAUUUAGUGACAUCCAAUUCAUCUGUUUGCACAGCCAUCCCCAAUACAUUAGGCUCUGUAUGCAACAUGAUGGACUUUGCUUCUAACUUCCUACAAAAUGAAAUGCUUCCAUCCAAUUCGUCCUGUAUCAAUUUUCCACUUGGCAUUGCUUCUUCAGCUACUUGUGAUAGUUCUAAUGUUCAGAAGACUGGCUUUCCUGUUCAACCAUCUAAUGCUACUACUUCUUCCUUUUUGGUUGCUUCGCAUUUGAUUGAUUCUAGUCAUUCGUCUGUUGUUACUGCUGCAGAUUCCACUUUUGAUGUUUUGGGUGGCAUACUCAAUUCUUCUGGUUAUGCAUCUGUUACGGAUGUUAGUCCUGCUGCAUUUGCUGCCAAUUUUGAUAUGUCUGGUUUGCCUCCAGACUCCAGUUCUCACCAUGUCCCAAUGGGGCUCGCUAGUUAUUUAUCUGCUCCUAAUCAAGGUGUUACUAACACUCAAAAUCCCAAUGAAUAUCGUACCCAGAAUAGAGAACCUGUUUGUGCUGGUCCACAUUUAUCAUCAACAAUUACAAGUACUCCUCAACCGUGGUGGAAACGAAAAAGCAAUUCUGUGUUAAGAAGACGUAAACGGCGGAAAAAUGAACUUGAAGAUUUGCAAUCCUGGACUGUCAAUUAUCCAGUUAGUGGACCUGGCCUAUCGAAAUCUACCUCUGAACGCACAAAAGGUCCUGAUGAACGUACCUGGGAUGAUGCAAUCGGUUCAUAUAGCCAGGUUCUUGGUGAACGUGUUAAAAGACGAAAACGAAUGGUUAGACAGGGAGGGAAUCUCGAUUCAGAUUUUGUUUUUGAGCAUGAUAAAGACUAUCCAAAUGAGGGGGAUAGUGAUCGUGGUAGCAAUGAGCCCAACGGUACAAUUGAACUUACAAACGAUUCUACUGGAACCAACGAAAUUGCUCACAAUAUACGCGAAAUGCGUUCAGGCGCCGCAAAUCGUUCGUAUGCUGGUAUGGACGAAGAAGACGAGGAAGCUUCGACGAGUCAGACUGGCUGUUCAAAUGGCUCUUCAAAUGCCAGAAAACGAAAGAAGCUGGAUGACGACGAACCUUUUGAAGUCCGACUGAAGGAACCUGUUGAAGCACGUUUCCCCCAUAUACGUAAAGCAGGAGAAUCCACUCGUAAACGACGUGAACGUGUAAAUUUCGGGAUUAUGACAUUGAAUAAUUUAUCUGCUCAACGAAAUAAUCCGAGGGAGCAAAUUGUUGGCGGUGAAACGGGGAGUGUAAAACGAUUUCUCAACAAGUUGUCAACUGUUCUAGAAUCUAUCGAAGAAACAGACUUUUUGAAAAGUUUUGGUGGCAUUCCUAACAGUGAUGAUCAACUACGAAAGUCUAAUACUGAAGAAAUCAUUUCAUAUCCGGAUAAAGAGAGCCUAUCAACUGAGGCAAUUAUAUCGGCCGAAGACUUGGCGGAAUUUUGUCGUGACGCUGCUAAGUUAAACUCUAUAGGUGUUGCUAAUCAGAUCCCCACUGGUCAAUUGCUCAACUUCCUUACUUUGUUGUUGCUCAACAUACGAGACGGUUCAAAUGUGAUUGCUUUAUUGAGACCUGAAGAAGAAGCUGAUGCACAUGAAAGCAAACUAUGGAAAGAGGUAGCAAUGGAGCGAGUAAUGCGAAGUAUGAAUUCUGGUCUAACUGCAUUAUUACUAAUGACUUCGAAGGAUAUGCCCAGGGAAGUAUAUGUUGAAGAUGUUAUAGAGCGUACAGUGCAUAGUGUCAGAUUUCAAUUAUUCAAUUGCAUUUACCCGGAAUUCGAUCCUGCUUAUCGCGUUGAAAAUACAGCUAAAGAAAAUCAAAGCAGUAUAAAAUCUAGACGUGCUCGUGAACGCGAUGCCCAAAGACCAAAAUCUAUAAUUCAUCUGUACCACAAAUUAGUGGAAAUUGUUUCUAAUUUAUCAAAGUUGGUAAAAAUGCAAAGACUGACAGAUAGCUUAGUCCUUACCUUAUCUAGUGUUGGUGUCUCCGUGUUCUUUGUUGAAAAUGUCAGUGAGUUGCAACUUGCUGCUCUGGAACUUGUCACUGCUAUAUUCGCCCAGUAUGAAUCCCACAGAAAGCUUAUAAUGGAGGAAAUAUUAGCUAGUUUGUCCCGGCUCCCUUCAAGUAAAAAGAAUUUGCGUUCUUAUAGAUUAAAUAGUGAAGAUAGCAUUCAAAUGCUUACAGCAUUAGCACUUUUGUUGGUUCAAUCCGUUGUAAGUCUUCCUGAUCCAUCACCUCUCAGCUCAGAAUAUAAUCCUAAUGUUUUCUACCAGACUUCAAAUGUUUCUGUACCCACCAAUGGAGCAUUAAUUCAAAAAGCAGAUGAUGAAGUGACAAUUAUUAAUUCCUAUCAUAAUGCUCUACGUACAGCUCAUACUUUUCUGUUGGUUUUCCUACGCAAGUCAACAAUGAAGGGUGAAGAUGAUUAUCGAAUUAUUUUUGAAAACUUCGUAAAUGACCUUCUUUUAGCUGUUAAUAAACCGGAAUGGCCAGCAUCAGAGGUUAUGCUUAGUCUUCUUGGUAGUUUGUUAGUACAGCAGUUCAAUAACAAGUCACUUGAUCAAAAUGUUCGAGUUGCUAGUGUUGAUUACUUAGGAACAGUUGCAUCCACAUUACGUCGCGAUGCCGUGACCAGCCAGUUAAAAGAACAUGAUAUUGAUGCUGUUAUUCGUGAUCUACUGGAAGGUAAUCAGUCGGAUGAAGAUGAAGAAGAUUCUGAAGAAGAGUUGCAAGAAGAUGUAGAUACAAAAACUGAUGAUCUAAAGGAAAUGAAUGGCGAUCGUGGAUCUAACUCUGAAGUAGACAGGAAUAAAUCAGAGUCUGAUAUUCAUUCAGUUGGUUCUGCUUCCACUACUGGAACACCAAUCCGUCACAAUGAGAAUGGUUAUAGUUCAACGAACUCUAAGUCUGUAACCAGAGUAGUUGAAACCAAAUGUUCUGAAGAAAAAGUAAGAAGUAAAAAGACAGAAAACAAAAAUAAAUAUACUGACCCUAUUUCUCAGUUGGAUCGAGUCCAGGCACUACGUGAUGCUAUUUUAGACUAUCUUGCAGCAGAAGAGUCGAGUCCUACGGCCGUUUAUGCUCGUAAGUUCUACCUAGCCCAGUGGCUUAAUGAUUGUACAAAAGAAACAGAACGUGCUCAAAGAAGUGUAGUACAGAAAAAAAGCCAAAAUGCUGUUUUAAAUGGCAAUGGUGAAACUAUCUGUGCUACGAAAGGUUUAUCGGAGGUGGAUCAGGCGCUAAUACUGGCAGUAGCAGAGAGAAGAAGACAACACAUUUUAUCAAAAGUACGUGAAGCCUCACAAUCUUGGCGCCAACGCAGAUGUUUAUGGAGCAAUUCAUUACCUCCUAAUGAGAAAAAGUCUGCAAACGUAUGUAUUUCUGAUUCGAACCAAGAAACGACGCUUAUUUUACGGGGCACUUUAGACUAUGAAGAUUGUUGCUUAGUUUGUCGUUAUCUUGCCAGUCUUAGACCAUUUUCUCAAAGUUUUGAUGUUUAUUUAUCUCAAAUAUGCAAAUUAUUGAGCGAAUCAUCGGUUGCUGUGCGCACUAAAGCGUUAAGAUGUUUGUCGGCAGUAGUGGAGGCUGAUCCAAAUGUUUUAGCUCGUGUAGAUAUUGAGCGGGCUGUUCAUUCUCGUCUUCUAGAUACAUCGACUUCAGUUCGUGAAGCUGCUGUAGAUCUGCUUGGUCGAUUUUUAAGUUGCAGACCAGAGUUGACUGCACAAUAUUAUCCUAUGUUGGCUGAACGAAUACGGGAUAAAGGCGUAAGUGUCCGCAAACGCGUCAUUCGAAUCCUUCGUGAUAUUUGUCUUGAGCAACCAGAUUUCCCAAGAGUUGCUGAAAUUUGUGUUAAAAUGAUUAGACGUGUUAACGAUGAAGAAGGUAUCAAGAAACUUGUGCACGAGGUUUUUCAAGCAAUGUGGUUUACUCCUGUACGUGAAAGGGAAACAGUGAAGCUUCUUAGAAAGGUUAUGAAUAUAACGGAUGUCGUUGGUGCUUGCAAAGAUACAGGUUAUGAAUGGUUUGAACAAUUUUUACGAACUCUUUUAAAAAAGGAAGAAACUGAAAAAGUCAAACCGGUUGAAAAAGCAUGCAAACAAAUAGCUGAUUGUUUGGUUCAAAAUAUUAUGCGAUUAGAAGAGAUUUCUAGUCAAAGCAAUCAAAGGUUAGUAGCAUGUUUGGCAACACUCCAUCUAUUAACCAAGAUCAGACCAGAAUUAAUGGUUCAGUAUACAAUGGUAUUACAACCUUAUCUGUCCAUUCGCUGUAAUGAAGCUUCAGAUGCCCAUGUGUUACACUACGUAGCUAGAAUUCUAGAAGCUACGUUACCAUUGAUGGAACAUCCCAGUGAGACACUAGUUGCACAACUUGAAGAGGACAUGGUUCGUCUCACUCUACGACACGGAAAAAUGGUACUUGAAUCAUGUGUUGCAUGUUUAGGUGCAGUUGUCAACCGUGUUUCAAAGAACUACUCUCUAGUUAGAGAUUGUUUCACCCGAUUUUUCAACGCUCUUCAAAAAUUUCGUAGCGAACUAUCGGAUGAUCCUGAGCGCAAAAUAUCCCCAACCAUUCGCCCUUCUAUUCUUCGAGCUCUAUUUACUGUUGGUUUACUUUGCAAGCACUUUGAUGCUAAUGUUUUCCGAUCAAACAAAAACGUGAAUAUUCGUGAUCAAGUAUUCGAAACACUUAUGUUCUUUACAGAGCAAGUUAAAUCAGACAUUGAAAUGCGUAAGAAAGCAUUGUCGGGGUUAGGUUUUCUCUGUACUCGUCAUCACGAACUACUUUGUGGUCCUCGUCUUUGUAAAUUUUAUCAUGAUCUUUUACAAGCUCCUUGUGAUGAAGCGAAUUCCAAACCAUCCGACCAUCAUUUGGAACUAAAGUGCAUCGUGUUAGAAAAUUUACUAAAUUUUUUUCUUGAGGAAGAAAAACGAAUGUUAGAAGCUGAUGCGAAAUGGAAAGCUAGUCAACAUCAAGAAUCACUGAAAGAAAUGGGGGAUAUUGCUUCGGGCAUGGGUAGCUCAGUCGCUCAGAUGUAUCUCAAAGAUAUACUGGAGUCAUUUUUUUCACCAUUCUUUACUGUGAGGCUCACUGCACUUUCUGUCAUAACUACAAUUCUCCGUCAGGGUCUUGUUCAUCCAGUCCAAACUGUACCCUAUUUAAUAGCUAUGCAGUCCGAUAUUGAUCCGAAUAUUCGUAUUAAAGCUGAUGCUCAACUUCAGGAAAUAGACACUAAAUUUCCGGGCUUUCUGACAAUGCGAGCUGCACAAGGUGUUAACUUGUCUUAUCGCCUUCAGCUUGUUUUAUACAAUGAACUACGUGAAAAGCUGAAGGGGAAUUCUGGAGGACCUCUUCAACAAAUAGGUUCACCUGAAUCAUCAAAUCUUCAUAAAUCCACUCAUCCAAUCAGUGCUCCACGUCGAAAUGUGCGUAAUAGAUCUGAGGCUGAUAGUUUGGGCUCAGAUGAAAAUCCAAAGUGUUCACCACCAACGAAUUUCUCGGAAUCUCAAUCUCUUCUCAAUAUUCCAGAAGAUUCUUUUGGGGCUAUUCGCGGUACUAGAGAUCCUUUCAGUGAAGUUCCUUCUGCUCUGAAUUCGCAUCUAUAUUCAAUGCUUAGAAACAAUAAAAGUCAACGGCGUUCUCUACUUAAUGGCCUCAUAUCACUGUUCGAUGAUUCGCAGAGGAUUCCUCUUAGUCAAUUGGUAUAUGUUGCUGAUAACCUGGCUCAUUUUCCUUAUCAAUCGCAAGAGGAACCUUUGUUCGUCGUGCAUCAUAUAGACUUGAUGGUUAGUAUGGCUGGUUCAGGAGUUUUAAACAAUGUUCGUGAGGCACUUUUUCCAGAACUAAAAGCAGCUCUAGAGUCUGUUCUUACUGCUCAACUUGAGACAGAUGCAAAAAAUCGUGCACAAAUGGAAUUGCAGUUGCGUGCUGAACUUCAGGCGCAACAGGUUGGUUCGGCUGAUGCUCUAAACAGAGGUGAUCACGAGACAGCUGAAUUAUUUGCCGAUCAAAUUCAACAUACUAUUCAAAGAAUAAACAAUUUAAAUACCUCCAAUCCUCCUGUUAUGGCUAGUAACGCAUCUCUAUCUGAAUUCUCUUCCUGCCCUCUCCCUGGAAGAGAAGGUGUUUCUCGAGUUGAUCUGGGUCCUUUCGAAAUAGAAGAGGAGGAAGAUCCAAUUGCAUUAUUUGAUAGAUUGUCGAAGACUCGCCAAACAUCUUUAACGAUAGUUCGUGACGCGAUCCGUACCAGUCGAGCUUGUGUUUUAUUGCUGACGCUCAAACAAUUUUUGAAAGAAUCAUAUUGUAUCACCGAUGGUAAAAUUCAACGUUACUCACCGUCUGACUCAGCCAAAUUAUGGGAAAAGCCGUUAACACGACGUACUGGUGUUCAUUUUCAUCCAGUACCUUGUUUAAAAGCUGCCGGAAUGGAGAUCCAUAAAUUUGGCUCUUAUGCUCUAUGCAAUACUCAAUCAUUAGUUAAGACAGAUCAUAACAAUAUCGAGGUGUCCAAUCCCAGUUUCAAACAAGCAGAUAAGGAAGAAGAAUCCAUAAGUGAAAUGCAGUCUCUGAUCCGAGAUUACUUGGACUUCCGAAAGCUAAUUCUUACCAUUGAUCCUCCUGGAGAAGAAGAAUUAGGACCUGAUGACUUGAAUACGUCUAUGCAGUCUGGUGGACCGAUUGUUGAUGAUAGGUUAAAUACAAUUUCAGAUAGUGCACAGUCGAGCAAAGGUCGAUCUACAAAAACCUUAGUACCACAAUUGCACAACAAAUCUUCAGAAGAUGAAAAUGAUUCCGAAGACUCAAAUGCAGGUGGAGCUUCUCGACUUAUGUUGGCUCAAUCAGCUCCUAUAAAAAAAAGAAAACCAGCUCUCAAUUUACGUGGGAAUUCGAAAAGUUCGUUAAGUCGAAAUAGCAAGAAUAAGCGCAAACGUCGAAAACGAUGCAUAAUGGCGGCCAGUUCUAGUGGUGAAGAAAGUGAGUCAGCAGACGAGUCUGAACCGUCUGAUCUAGAUUACUGAUCUUAAUAAACAGGUCCUCUUACUUUUUUUCUACCACUUUUGGCUGUAAAAAUUGUUACUGCGCCACAUUUUGUUCACAAGUCAAAAUUUCGCGAAUUGUGCAUUAUGGUGUGUUUUUACUACAGACGUUCCACCCAAUAAAUAAAACAAACCACUAUUAUCAGGUUUCCUGAACAAUCCUCUCUUUGCUGAAUACUUCACUUAUUUGUCAACUCAAGCCUGAUUUUUGUAUGGAAGAUUUGUUUCUAUAUCUGUGCACUCUUUUCUUUAAUCAUGUUUUUCUUCUCUCCUAUGGCAGCUUAUCUCUUGAUCAUUAUUGUCUGUACGAAAGAGGUGUGUGCUUAGAUUUCUGGCUGAAGUUUUACCAUACUGUUCUGUAAUUAUGUAAAGCUAUUUUGUUUUUAAAGUGUAAUAAUGAAAUUGUUCAGAUCUCAUUAAUUACGUCUGCGUAUAUCAUGCGUUCUUCUUGUUGGAAAUCCGGUCGGUUUUACAAUAGGAUUACAUUCCCCCAAAAUAAUAAUUCGUCAUUAUGUUCUUGGUUAAUAUUUGCCUACUUUUUGAGAAACCUUCGAUGUAUGAUUAUCUGAAAGUAUGAUUUGUUUGAUUUUUUGCAUCAACAUCCAAAUUUUGACUUCUGUACAUUUAUGUUUCAUACUCAAGUUUCAUUGACAGUAUGAUAUCCUUUAUUCUCCUUUUACAUAAUCGCUAAUUUGUUUGUGAAGUCGUCUAUGGUAGUAUAUGUUCUAGAAAUUUUAAUUUUGUACAUAUAUAUAUACACCAAUGUAUAUUAUUUUCAUAAGAUUUAUAUGAUGAUUAACUGAUGGUACCGCCUAUUCUAUAAAUCCGAUUGUAUUUUUUUCUUUUGAAAAUUCAUAUAUCAAUGAAUGGGUUCAUUUGCCUGAAGAACGUUUCAUCAUGCUAACUGACCUGUGUUGAAACACCAUCCUUUUGUAUAUAGCAUAUUUCCGUAUGUUCGUCCGCAUUAUUCAUUCGCUUCUAUGAAUGACUUAUCUUUUAUUUUUUCUUUUUUUUGUGUAUACUUUAAUCGUCCACUGAAUAGGCGUUUUUAUCGGCUAGUUAUUGAUAGUCUUUCUUCGUUUUAAACAGGAGUAGUGCUGAUAUGUAAUGAUUUGUUCGUUUAACACUUACUCGUCUGUGUAUAUUUUAUCAGCACUCACUAUUCGGAUACUUGUUCGCCUAUUGUGUAAAUGUGUUUGCCUGUGAGACUAAGAGUCUAAUUAAAUUCUACAUUAAUUUUGCUUUGUUUUCAUAAAUCAUGUUUAAAACAUAAUCAGCUAGAAGAAUUGUUUCUUUUACUGUUGG